AUGUAUCAAAUUAAAUCUAUGACAAACAAUACAAACUAUAAACUUAUUGGAACUCAAUUUCUGGAACUCAAUGUUAAAGAUAGUUUACUAAAAAGACAAAAGACUUCUUCUAAUCAAUUUUUAAAUGACGAACAAAAACUUUGGAUUCAUAGUUCAAUGUUUGGCCCAUCAACCAGAAUUUAUUAA